AUGUUUGGCGGCUCACGGAGGCGGCAGCCUCCCGCCCAACCCCUGACCAGGGAAACGGCGAACCCCAAUGCCGCCACCGCAGCAGCAGCGGUAUUCAUGAGUCGACGCGACUCGACCUCGUCCUUGUCUUCGGCUGCCGCCGCUGCGGCUCUCAGGGCGCGGCCGAUGACUCCGACGAAUGUCGCCGAGGUACAGUCAAAAAGAGCACACAGGAGAAGCCCUUCCCUAACUUCCCUCACCGGCAGUGUGAGAGGAGGUCGCGAGCUCACUAGAACCCCCAGUGUGGGUUCCAUGAUGGAGCGAACCUUUCGUACACCUUCACCAGGUCGUAGUCCAGCUCCAAGGGAGCGCGACGUGCCACCUGUCCCUGCAUUGCCCAGUGUUGACCAAAUCAUGGCCAGCCAGCACACUAACGGACACACAAAGGGUACAAGAGGACCUGUCCUACAGACACAGCCAUUUACAAUAGCGAGUCAGAAAAUGAAGGAUGGUCAGGCGACAUGGUUUGGCGGCGCGACCGCUCGAGAAUCUACCAGUCCUCGACACGCCAAUGCUGCAAUACAGUCUGCCACCUACGUCCACGAUCCGCGACCCGGCAGCGUCAGCCCAUCCAUCAACUUCUCCUAUCCCCGAUCUAGAGCCCUGUCUCCGACGCCCUCAGUCGACGAUACCCUUGUCUACGAUCCCAACUCACGACGAAUGAUCCCCCAAAGCGAAGUUGUAGCUCGCUCGCAAACUGCGCUGGAGAUGCCGGAACAGCCGAAAAGGAAAAAGCAAAGCGCGAACAGAGCCGGAUCACAUCUUGCUAAAGGAAAUGUGGGAGGACGGACAAAGGCGCCCGCGGUGGAGCAAAACCUGCAACCAGAAACCCAGCAUGAGCCGCAGGUUGGACAGGAACCUGAGCCAGCUCCCAUUGUUCUUCCUGAAACUGCAGUUCAACAACCGCAGGAUGGCGCAGUGAAGAAGAAAAGGAAGACGAAGAAGAAGGUCCAGGCAGCGCCGGAGCCUGAAUUUACUGGUGCGACAAAAGAGCUACCAGUUGACGAAGUGGAACCCGUCGUUUCGAGACUUGCUCCAGUCAAGAAGCCUUCCGUCGUGAAUGAGGACUUCGAGGGAGAGGAUACUGACAAACAGGGAGACGAACAAGGACAGAUGGAUUCAGCAGCAGCAACGGCAGCAGCUGUGGUGGCGGUUCCCACAGCUGAGUCGGAGGCACAAACAAAACCAGAACCAAGAGACACCAAAUCAAACAAACAAGUUCGCCCAACUCGUGUUCACUCCGAAAGCCCGGCACGAUCCGCGCGCUUUGCCUCGUCAUCUGCGGACCAACUGGUUGUUAGGCACGAACCACCAUCUCGAUCAGUGUCUCCCCGCAAGUCAGCCAUGAAGUUAUCAACUCAAGCCAGAGGGGUGUCGCCGUCCGAUGACGACUCUUCCGAAGCAUCUAGCACCAGGCAGUUGAGCCCCCAAGACAGUGAGGAUCCUGCACUAGUCCGGAAGAAGAGUGCACGAGUUAGCUGGGAUGACAGGAACACAGUCGUUGUUGGCCAAGGCGUUGCCCAUCAGCAAACAGAUUCACCAAUGAUCCCAAGUCCUCAGACCAAAAAGCCAUGGCACAACGUUGUGUCAAAGUUUACAAAGAAAGAGAGCGUCAGCAUUGCUGAGGAUGAAACUAUGACCCCUCGACCGGCUCUGCCGCAAUUCGGAAGUAUUCGAGAAAAGAAGGUCAGAGAAAGAGAGGAGCGGCCUCUGGUCCGUCCUUCAGACCGCACGUUCCCUACUGAAAAUGACUCUGCUGCCACUGGCAUAGGUCCAUCAACAGAUGCCCUGAUUGGGUCUGUUAUUACGCAGGAUUUGGCUUCCAGAAAUGCUGCCAAUGCCUCCAAAUUCAGGGAACCACUCCCGGCAGUUCCGAAUCCCCUCGGGGCGAACCAAGAUGACUCUGUGGAGAGUUCUGACGACGAUUUGGAUACCGACGCAACCACCGAGCCCGAAGAUGCCCCCGAGUCAUCUAUCUUGAAGGAGUCUGGCCAACCUGUAUCUGAAACACCACCAGCUACCCCCACGAAACCAAAUUCUACGCAGUCGGAUGCGAAUGGCGGUGUUCCGACUAUUUCAGUUUCCCACCCAAGCCCUCGCGCACAAUCAUCUGGUGAAGCAACGCCGCCGGGAAGUUUCCCUGAUGACGAGGACACCUCCAGAGACAAUAGCGAUGACGACGAAUCCGACAGCUCCGGAAUGUCGACACCUACUCGGACUGAAGCGCCCGUUGCUGUUGCCACUGGUAUGGCUGACAUUGUGGAGGAGGAGGAGGAAACUGAAAACGACAGAUUUAGCGACGCCUACGAAGACCUCAAAGCUGUUGAUGGCGACGGCUUCCUGUCUCUUGAUGCUGUUGUGGACAGCCCGACGUCCGGCAAGGUAGUCGCGAAGGAAGCCCAGGACAAACCUAUCAGGACGGAAGCCAAGGAUAGUCUUGAGCGCGAACGAGAGUAUUCCACCCCUGCAGAGGAAGCGCCAGAUGACUGGGAGAAUGCCAAGGCAUACUGGAAGAGCCUUUCAACUGAAAGACGUCGACAAUUGGAAAUUGAGGCCCUUUCAGAAACCGGCGAGGCGGCCGGCGCUGCUAAGGAAACCAACCCAGUAGCUAAGGAGCAGGUCGAGAAAGUCACUGCUCCUUCCCUCGGAACGAACGAUGAGAGAUCCUACCAGAUUCAACCAGGUACCAAAUGGUCGGAUGUUGCCGGUGAUGGUGACGAUGAACGGGACAUAAAGGUUGCCAAACUGACUCCAGUUGUUGCAACCCAACCGAAGACUGCGGAAAAUACAGUUCCAAAGCUUCGUACCUCGAUGCGCCAGUCUAUGCGCGCCGAUGCACCGGGAUCGCUCCAAGAUGUAAGCCCCGAGCGGCCAGGCGGUAUGAGGAAAUCAAUGAGAAAUGGUCAUCCUCCCGCGAAAACCGCCGUGUCCAGGCAAGCAGCCGCGGAUGAAACUGUCGCAAGGUCAAAUUCAGCUGCGACACCAUCCACCGUCUCUUCUGUGGGAAUGCGAAAAUCGCUGAGAAAUUCCCAGACCCAUGGUGAGACUCUGCUGCCGGCGUUAUCCGGUUCUGGACGACCUGCCUCAUUUCAGCAGCUUGCUACGACAACUUCUCUGAAAGGACACAAGCAGAAUAUGUCAUUAGACGACUUGACCUUUACAUCUGCCACCAAGCACACACUGAGACGCCGUGGCUCAGGUGACAGCCAGAGCAGUUUUAAACGCAAGCGAUCUGGAUCUGGAGACGGACACAAUUUCCGAAUGUCGAUGCGUGCCAGCAUGCGUGAGCCAUCGUCUCCGAGUGAUCCUACCCGGCGCUUCAGUCUACGAUCGUUGUCGCCUCCAGCUUUUAGACGUAACUCGUUUUCUUCGUUGCCCCCAGGCACUCCACCCUCCAUGAGUGGUGGUGCCGGCCGAAUGCGCCAAUCCUUACGAGACCGACCUCAGCCUUCGGGCUCUCGUUUGAAGAUGGGGAGUUUCAAGAAGUCGUCAGGGCUUGGAAGCAAAUCUAAGAGCGGAAGCCGCUUUGCCGACUCCAGUGACGAGGAUGAAGGAGGCGCCCCAUCAUUCUUCAGAAGCCGCUUUGCUGAUUCAAGUGACGAGGAUGAGCCAACUCCCCUGCCGAAGAGCAAGGAUCUUCCAAAGUCUCUUCGCAACGGUAAUGGCUCUAAUGUGGUCUCUCCACAACGUGAUUUGGCAUCCCCAGAUUUCCCUGACGAAGAUGAAGGUAUUGUGCCACCAAAACGCGGCACCCUUGCCAAUGGACAGUCCUCGGUUCAUCGAAGCCGAUCUGGCCGCGGCACUCUGCGCCCAUUGCCUCAGAAUGAUAUGCCCAGGCCUACCACCCGACGUGGUAGUUUUAUGUCGAUACUGCGUCGCAAGAAGGACCCGGCAGACAAGAUCUCGAGGGAUCUUGGCGAAAGUGCGGCUCGCAAAGACACCGACCUGGAGCGUACAACAGAAGAGUUGGCGGUCCUCCGCAGUAACUCGCUUCACAAACGGGGUACAAGCUGGCCAUUGCCUGAUGAACAAGGCACUGGCGCCGAGAAUGGCAGGUUAAAAGAGCCAUCUCGCCCGUCUACUUCUGGCGGACCAUCAAAGGCGAGGAGCUCUUUCCUACGACGUAGGAGCACAUCGCAGGGCAUGGUCGGUCUCGGUCACCCAGAGGUCGAUAACACGGUGCCUGUGCCUGAGAUCCCCGACAUGUUUAUUACCACUGAGCCGCCCCAAGCUCAACCACACAAGAAGAAGAAAUUCGGUGCACUACGGAGGAUGUUUGGUAUCCACGACUAG